CGCCGUAUGUUGCCUGCUGUUGAACGCGCCGUAGUGCAUGCUAUCCAACGCGCCAUAGUGCAUGCUAUCCAACGCGCCGUUUGUUGUCUGCUGUCCAACGCGUCGUAUGUCGCCUGCUAUCCAACGCGCGGCAUGUCGCGUCGCCUCAUGCCUUCCCCUCUUGUCGUCGCCUCUUGCCGCCGUCCCCUCCGCCAUUCACCCAUCCCUAGCCGCCUGCGUAGCCCGGAAUCACGCGAGCGUCUCCUCAAAAAACGCCGCGUCGGAUCCGCUGGGCGCCGCCGCGCCCCAGGCUCGACACUCCUCUCCACCCGUGCAUCGCUCGCGCUCCUUCUUCGACGCUCCUCUCCACCCGUACAUCGCUCGCGUCACGACAUCGCCCGUGCCAACACGACUUCGCCCACGCGGCGACAUCGCCCGUGCCACCGACAAACUUGCGUGUAUCACCAACAAACUCGCGCACCCCCAACAGACUUGCAUCCCUCCAACAGACUUCGCCCGCGGCUCGUCAGCCGCGGUGUACCCAGCCUUGCGAGACGUACCCAGUUCCCGCCGUGCGAGACGUACCCAGUCCCAGCCGAGAAAGGCGUACCCACCCACAGCCUUGCGAGGCGUACCUAGCCCCCGCCGAGAGAGGCGUACCCAGCCCACGCCGUGCGAGACGAAGCCAGGUGCCCACCGCCCACCGCCUCUCGCUCCGGACGCCCCACUACCACUCUUCGGGCGCGUCGUGCGAGAAGCCUCAUCACCCUUCGUAGCGAGACGUCGCACUGCCGCUCUCCGAGUGCGUCGUGCGAGACGCCCCACUGCCGCUCGAGGCGAGACGUCGCUCAACGAGCUGUAACUCGCCGUCGCUAGCGAGGCGUAGUAUCCCGCCGAUGCUCGAUGAUGUGUAGUACCCCGCCGCUCGCUUCACGAGGUGCUCCGUCGCUCGUUGCACAAGCUGUCCCACCGCCCGUUGCAGAAACUAGUCCACCACCCGUUGCACAAACCGGCCCACCGCCCGCCGUACGAGCUCUCCUGCACCGCCGUACGAGUUCGAGAGAGAUUCGCCACCAAAUUCCGUAUCAAGAGCCGCCAUAUUCUGUAUUCAUGAACAUAGACCCGAGGGCAGGUAAGAG